AAGUACUUUUUGAUCGGUUAGCAUCUCGCAAAUUGCUGAAAUUUGCAAGCCAACUGGGAGUUGAAAAACAUUUGAAAAACUGGGACGAAAGGUUGAAAAGAAUUAAGAUGGUGCUUGAAGAUGCAAACGAGAAGCAAGAUACUAGAAGAGAAGUGAAAGCAUGGCUAGAUGAUCUCACAGACUUGGCAUACGACGUGGAAGACGUUCUGGAUGAGUUCUUCACGGAAGCUUCCCAACGCCAAUUGAUUGAUGAAAGUCAAGCUAGCACUAGUAAGGUAGGUAAUCUCUUGCCUUCUUGUUUUACUAGUUUGAGUAGUACUCCAAGUGCUGUUAAGAUCAAGAUUAUGAUGACAGCAAAGAUAACAAAAAUCAAUGCUCGACUUAAUGAUCUUAUGAAACAAAAAGAGACGCUGAAGUUGAAUGAAAAUGUUGGCGGGGGGCCAGAUAUAAGAGAAGAGAUACUGUUAUCAACUUGUCCGACGACGUCGACGGAUACUUAUGGCAUGCUUGGUAGGGAAGAAGAUGAAGAGCUUGCUGUUCAAUUAUUACUAAGUGAUAAAUAUAGUGAUUCAGCUUUCACUAGAGUAAGAGUGAUUCCUAUACACGGUAUGGCGGGAAUAGGAAAGACAACACUCGCUCGGUCUGUAUAUAAUAAUGAAAAAGUGCAAAGCUUUUUUAGAGGCAAGACAGCAUGGGUUUGUGUUUCUGAAGGUUUUGACAAUAUUGAGACGAUUGCAAAAUCAAUAUUACCACAAAUGAUACCUAAAAUUACAUGUAACAACAAGGAUUCAUAUUGGUUGCAAGUCAAACUACAGGAAACACUAAAUGGGCAGAGGUUUCUGAUCGUUCUGGAUGAUAUCCGAGAUUAUGACUACUGCAAGUGGACUGCCCUUCUAGCUCAUUUUCAAGUAGGGGCUCCGGGAAGCUGCAUUAUCAUCACAACUCGCAAUCAAGAAGCCGCUUCAUUGAUGGAAACUGAAGCUGAAACUCCAUCUUUGAAGUUGGACUUAUUGUCAGAUGAUGCUUGUUUGUCUAUAUUGGCCCAACAUGCAUUAAAUGCAAGAGACUUUAGUGCACAUCCAAAGCUUAAAAAUAUUAGUAAGGACAUUGUCAGAAAGUGUGGAGGAUUGCCUCUGGCAGUAAAAACAGUCGGAAGCCUCUUACGCGUUAACAAGGAUUGGGAAAUGGUUUCAAGCGAUAAGAUAUGGAAUAUAUUGAAGAAGAAAGGUAAAAUUGUUCCAGCUCUUAAGUUGAGCUAUCAACACCUCCCCUCACAUUUAAAGAGGUGCUUUGCGUAUUGUUCUAUAUUCCCAAAGAAUUAUGAAUUUGAGGAGAAGCAAUUGGUUCUAUUAUGGAUGGCAGAAGGUUUGCUUGAUCAACCACGAGAAGGUAAAACUGAAAUGGAAGAAUUGGGUAGGGAGAAUUUUCAAAAUCUUUUAUCGAGGUCAUUUUUUCAACAAUCAGGCCGUGAGGAUAAGUCAAGAUUCCUAAUGCAUGGGCUCAUAAGAAAGUUAGCUAAGUGGGCUGCAAGAGAUACAUGUUUUAGAAUGAAAGAUCAUAGAGUUGAAGAUAGAGAUGGUAAACGCAGUAUUUCUAAAAGGGCCCGAUAUUCGUCCUGGUUAGGUGGCACAUACGAUGGAAUUGAAAAGUUUGAGGUUGUUUCUAAACUCAGACGUUUACGUACCUUCAUACCUCUUAUGUUGCCAUCUCAAGGAAAUUGUCAUUUAGCUCAUGAUGUUCCUCUUCAAUUGGUUAAAAAAUUACGACGCCUAAGGGUUCUCUCUUUUAGAGGCUACUGCAUAACCGAGUUACCAGAUUCAAUCAGAGAUUUGAAGCAUCUACGGUAUCUUGACCUUUCCGCAACUUUGAUCGAGAGCAUACCCGAAUCAAUAACUACACUCUACAACUUACAAACAUUGUUGUUAGAGAAAUGUAUUUAUUUAAAUAAAUUGCCUUCAAUGUUAGAGAACCUGGUCAACCUUCGCCAUCUGAAUAUUCAAGGAGCAAUUCAUUUGGAAGGAAUGCCUAUGCACAUAGGUAAAUUAACGUGUCUUCGAACACUAUCUAAUAUGGUAGUUGGACGAGAUAGUUGCUCUGGGUUGAAAGAGUUAGGGUCUUUGCCGCAUCUUCGAGGGACACUGUGCAUUUCAAAAUUGGAGAACGUGAUUAAAGUUGAGGAGGCAGAGACCGCUAAUUUAAACAGCAAGUCCAAAAUUACAGGUUUGUCGUUGGAGUGGAGUGAAGAUAUUGAUGAGUCAAAAGAUAGAACAAGGGAGUUAGAGGUACUUGAGAAGCUAAAGCCACGUGAGAGUUUGGAAGAACUCAUUAUUAGAUGCUAUGGUGGUGCAAAUUUUCCAACUUGGUUAAGUUGUCCAUCAUUUCCUGAUUUGGUUGUCUUGACGAUUGAGAAUUGUGAAACGUGCACGUCAUUGCCGCCAAUCGGGCAACUUUCAUCGCUCAAAGUCCUUUCCAUCAUAGGCAUGGCUAAGGUGGAGAAUGUUGGUCCCCAGUUUUUUGGGAAUGGUGCUUUUGAAUCCUUGGAGAUUUUGCAUUUCGAAGACAUGAAGGAGUGGAAGAUCUGGAGUCCUCGAGAAGGAUUCCCAAAAUUACGUGAGCUUUCGCUUAGAAGUUGUCCCAAGCUAUUGAGAAAUAUACCAAGCCACCUCCCAUCACUAAAGAAAGCUAAGAUAUAUGGUUGCGGGAAAUUAGUGAUCUCAGUUUCAAACUUUCCGGAUCUGUGUGAACUGGAAAUUGAGGGAUCAAAGGGGUUGGUGCUCAAAAGUGUGGCUGAGUUCAGCUCAUUAGCAAUCAGGUCUCUUUCUAGUUCAAGAUUAAUCACCCCUCAAAUAUUACAAGGGUUUGAUAUGCAAGGGCUGACAAAGACAGAAGAUUUAACUAUUUCUAUGUCUGAGGAGUCGACACAUUUGUGGCCAGAUGAUAUGGGAUCCCUGCAGCACUUCACAUUACUUCGUCGUCUGCGCAUUAAUAACUGUCCCAAACUAGUUUCUUUGGUUCCAGAGAAUGUAGAAGAACAGCUCCAACAGGGUGGGCCAUCCAUGCUCACAGAAAUCGAGAUCAAGAAUUGCAUAGCCCUGGAAUCCUUACCGAAGGCAAUGAUGUACAGCACUAUUUGUCUCAAGUUGGUUCGAAUUGUAAAAUGUGAUUUGCUAGAGCAUAUUGCAAUUGGCCAGCUACCUCCAACUCUAGAGCGGCUAGAGGUAAGUGAAUGCAGAAAACUGAAGUUCUUGUUGGUGGAUGAUGAUGGCAAGAGUUGCAGUAGCAGUACUGCAUCCCUUAACUUGAAAAUUCACUACUGUCCAUCCCUCGAAUACUUGACAUCAAGCAGAGAGUUACCUACAUCACUUAAAUGCCUCGAACUGUUGAGGUGUCCCAAGCUAAUGUCAAUAGCGAACAGGUUACAUCCUAACUCGUUUCUUGAAUGCAUUGAAGUCUCAUAUUGCCAAAACCUUCAAUCCUUACCCACAGGCAUUCACACUCUUCCCACUCUACAUAAAAUUGUCAUUAGGGAUUGUCCGCAUCUUGGCUUCCUCUCGGACCAAGAGUGGCAGCUCCCUGCCAACCUGAGAGUGCUUCAUAUAUCUGGAUGUGACCAAAUGCGCAGCCUACCCAUAGGCAUACAAAACCAUACCUCUCUUCAAAAAUUGACAAUACACAGUUGUCCAGACAAUGUAUCCUUUCCGGGAGGAGGUUUUCCUACCAACAUAACUUCACUCUCAAUAUCAUAUCAUAAAAUCACCGAUGCCCAGUUCGGAUGGGGGUUGAAGAAACUUACCUUUCUUAAUAACCUUCAAAUUAGUAAAUGUCCGCAUCUGGUGUCCUUUCAAGAGAUCAUGCUGCCUGAAUCUCUAACAAGCCUCACCAUCUCAGACUUCCCGAAUCUGAAACACCUAUCUUCUAAGGGCUUUCGAGAAAUCAAAGCUCUUAAGGAACUGUUUAUCUCUGAGUGUGGAAAGUUCGUGUCUUUUUCAAAGGAUGUCCUACCUGCCUCACUCCUAACACUUCGUAUCAGUAAUUGCGGAAAGCUCGAGUCCUUUCCAAAGAAUGGUGUGCCUCUCUCACUGCAGCAACUUUAUAUCUUUGAUUGUCCUCUGCUGGAAAGACGUUAUAAGAAUGAUCAAGGGCGAGAGUGGCGGAAAAUAUCUCACGUCCCUUUCGUUGAAUUUGAUUUAUGAAUGUUGCUGCCGUUUGUUGCUCCUAGUUUGGUUGGUUUUGCAAAAGCUGGGAGCAUAUAUAUAUGUAUAUAUAGGAUAUUGAUGAUCUCUUUUGCGCCGGACUGGUAAAUACAAAGAAGGGAAGGAAUUAUGACAACACAUGAGUAAUCUUGGGAAUGAACUGAUCAAGAAAAUGAAUAUGAAGAGACAAUUCAAAACUGAUCUGCAUGGUGCGAGUGCCAUCUGAAAAAUGCACGUGGGAGGUACACUGUCUUGUCUGAAGUCCAUCUGAAGUGAUCAGAACCUUUUGGAGUCGAGAUGUGAUACUCAAUUGUUAGAAAUUAAGGUAACGACAGGUUGCUGCGUUUGUUUAUGCAUGUAUAAUGUGUUUAUACCUAUUUUCUGAUACUGGAGGCUAGCUGCCUGUUGCGAAAGAACUCUUUGAUCAUGGAAUGGACAUUUAUUUAGAACAUUUCCUAAAUAUCUACGUUGCAUUAAUGUACAAAAUUAGAAUACUUUUAACACUUCUCAGGAAAACUGAAA